AUGUACAUACCCUCAACCUCACCUGAACCUGAACCAGCCCAUGCCAUGAACAUCACCCCCGCACCCGGGCCCUUUGACAUGCCAAAUGACACCCUGGUUGAAUACAACACCCAUUCCCUCCCGGUUAACUUCGACUACAAAGUCCUAGGAAUGCACAGCUCACACCUCCGCCUCAACGUCACAGAUGAGGCCCUUGAAGCCUGGAAACAGAUUAACAAUCACGCAGUAAUCAUCAUACCCACCUACAUGGCAUUCUCCCUCACGAAAAUGCAAGAGGCAAAAGACCAUGCCUCUACCUUCAUUAAAAGGGCCUUCCCCGACUCAGCAAACUCCAUUAGCACCAUACCGGCUGCCAACGCAAUUGACACGCAAGGUGAUGACCCGCUCCCCUGGGGAAUACUGGUAGAUGGCCUAACGCUCCGUGACACCGCCACCAUCCUACACCACCAAUUCUGGCUCUCUAAAGCCUUUAGCUUCAUUGCAUACCCCGCUUCCGACUUCACAUCUGAUUGGUUGGGGAACUGGGCUUUUGCAGCCACAACCAAAGACAGAGAAGCAGUCCAAACGUGCUUAAAGACCACCCUCAGCCACCCCUACUCGAAAAUAGGAAGGUACCUCAUUGAAAAUGUCCCCGACGAACUUGAAAGACAAGCCAUAAUAGAAUCGGCCCGACGGAAGCCACGGUGUGGUACCACCUGGCUAUCUUGA